CAACGUCGGCCAGCCCCUUGCUUGACCAACAUCCGUUUUUUUGUCGAAAAGGUCCUUGGUCUUCCUCUGGCUUUCCCCGAGGCCAUUCUGUCCAUCCUCAACCAAAGCAGCCGCCAGGUUCCUCAACCCUAGCCUGGCUGUCGACUUGGGCUUCACGACAAACCCCUUCUCUGCGGCUACCAUUCGUUCCUGACGCCUGCCCCCUGGCUGAGUCCGUGUCCGGGCCCCGACACACUCGCCCGACUGCAGCAUCCGUUCGAAGACCCAAGACCAGACGACUAGGCGACCCAGCCGCGCUCGUCGAUGCGUUGCUCCCGACCGAUCACCAUUGUCAAUAUUACUCCUUCGCCCCUGUCCUCGGACACCCUGCCCGUCGCCCGAGCUCCAUCAGCCGCUCGAGCGCCCCGGGCAGCUUCCCCCUCAUGGCAUCAACCUAUGAUGUUGGCACAAGAGCGUGGCAGCCGGACGCUGCCGAAGGUUGGGUAGCGUCUGAGCUAAUCACCAAGAAUGUCGACGGGCCCAAAGCGACACUCGUGUUCCAACUCGAAAAUGGCCAGACCAAGACGAUCGAGGUGCCCACCGAGGCUUUACAAUCCGGAAACGACCCUUCCUUGCCUCCCCUGAUGAAUCCAACGAUGCUUGAAGCCAGCGAUGACCUGACCAAUUUGUCCCAUCUCAAUGAACCUGCGGUUCUGCAAGCCAUUCGACUGCGGUAUGCGCAGAAGGAAAUCUACACCUACAGCGGCAUUGUCCUCAUCGCUACGAACCCAUUCGCAAGAGUCGACUCUCUCUACGUUCCCGGCAUGGUGCAAGUAUAUGCUGGAAAGCAGCGUGCCACGCAGGCACCUCACUUGUUUGCUAUUGCUGAGGAGGCAUUCAUUGAUAUGAUACGAGAUGGCAAGAACCAGACCAUUGUUGUUUCUGGGGAGUCUGGUGCUGGCAAAACCGUCAGUGCGAAAUACAUCAUGCGGUAUUUUGCUACAAGAGAGUCUCCAGACCAGCCUGGGGCUCGCUCCAAGCGAGGGCCCGAGGCCAUGAGCGAAACGGAGGAGCAGAUUCUCGCCACAAACCCCAUUAUGGAGGCGUUCGGCAACGCCAAGACCACGCGCAACGACAACUCGUCCCGAUUCGGCAAGUAUAUCGAGAUAAUGUUUGAUGACCAGACCAACAUCAUUGGUGCCAAGAUCCGAACAUAUUUGCUUGAACGGUCACGGCUGGUUUUCCAGCCUCUCAAAGAGCGGAACUACCACAUCUUCUACCAACUCGUGGCUGGAGCUUCCGAUAGGGAUAGGCAGGAACUGGACAUCCAUCGGGUCGAGCAGUUCGACUACUUGAACCAAGGCGAUUCCCCAACCAUUGACGGUGUCGACGAUCGGGCUGAGUUUGAGGCCACCAAAAAGUCCUUGCAGACCAUUGGGGUGUCGGAUGCCCAGCAAGCCGACAUUUUCAAGCUGCUGGCCGGUCUUCUGCACCUAGGAAACGUUAAAAUUACGGCCUCGCGCAACGACAGUGUUUUGGCCCCUACCGAGCCGUCCUUGGAGCGCGCAUGCGACAUUCUUGGUGUCAAGGGCGACGAGUUCGCGAAGUGGAUCGUCAAGAAGCAACUCAUUACCCGCGGCGACAAGAUCACCUCCAACCUGAGCCAGGCGCAAGCCAUUGUCGUGCGCGAUUCCGUCGCCAAGUUCAUUUACUCAAGCUUGUUCGACUGGCUUGUCGAUAUCAUCAACCAGAGCCUCGCCACGGAGGCGGUUCUCAGUCAGGUCAACUCCUUUAUUGGCGUCUUGGAUAUCUACGGCUUCGAGCACUUUGCCAAGAACUCGUUCGAACAGUUCUGCAUCAACUACGCCAACGAGAAGCUGCAGCAAGAGUUCAAUCAACAUGUCUUCAAGCUCGAGCAAGAGGAAUAUUUGAAGGAACAGAUCGACUGGACCUUCAUUGAUUUCUCAGACAAUCAACCUUGUAUCGAUCUCAUCGAGGGGAAAAUGGGGGUUCUCUCCCUCCUAGAUGAAGAGUCCCGACUUCCGAUGGGCUCAGAUGACCAAUUCGUCACUAAGCUAUACCAGAACUUUGCCGCAGAAAAGCAGCACAACUUUUUCAAGAAGCCUCGUUUCGGAAAGUCGGCUUUCACCGUGUGUCACUAUGCCAUCGACGUUACGUACGAGUCUGAAGGGUUCAUCGAGAAAAACCGCGACACGGUUCCGGAUGAGCACAUGGCCGUUCUCAGGGCCACGACAAAUCCGUUCCUGAAGGAUGUCUUGGACGCUGCCUCUGCUGUGAGGGAAAAGGAUGUUGCUUCCGCGGCCUCAAAUGCUGUUAAGCCAGCCGCUGGCAGGAAGAUUGGUGUUGCUGUGAACAGGAAGCCGACGCUGGGAGGCAUCUUCCGGUCUUCACUGAUUGAGCUGAUGAACACUAUCAACAAUACCGAUGUCCACUACAUCCGAUGUAUCAAGCCCAACGAAGCUAAGGAAGCCUGGCAGUUCGAGGGACCCAUGGUACUGAGCCAGCUGCGCGCUUGUGGCGUUCUCGAGACCGUUCGCAUCAGCUGUGCUGGAUAUCCUACACGUUGGACUUACGAGGAGUUUGCGCUUCGAUAUUACAUGCUGGUGCACUCGAGUCAAUGGACGUCGGAAAUCCGCAACAUGGCCAAUGCAAUCCUGACCAAGGCUCUAGGCACGAGCACGGGCAAAGGCUUGGACAAGUACCAGCUCGGCUUGACCAAGAUCUUUUUCAGGGCAGGCAUGCUUGCUUUCCUGGAAAAUUUGCGCACCAACCGUCUCAACGAGUGCGCCAUUCUCAUUCAGAAGAACCUCCGGGCCAAGUUCUAUCGGCGUCGCUACCUGGCAGCCCGUGAGUCGGUCAUCAGGACCCAGUCUGCCGCAAGGGCGUACAUUGCGAGGAGACAAGCUCAAGAGUUGCGCACCAUCAAGGCUGCCACGGCCAUUCAGCGAGUCUGGCGCGGCCAGAAGCAACGCAAGAACUUCUUGCGCAUCAAAAAGGACCUGGUCCUGUUUGAAUCUGCCGCCAAGGGUUAUCUGCGUAGAAAGCAAAUCAUGGAAACUCGGGUGGGCAAUGCUGCACUUGUCAUUCAGCGUGCGUGGCGGUCUCGGCGGCAGCUGGCCACAUGGAGGCAAUACCGCAGGAAGGUUGCCUUGGUCCAGAGUCUGUGGCGCGGCAAGAGCGCGCGUCGCGAGUACAAGACUAUGCGCGAGGAAGCCCGUGAUCUGAAGCAGAUCUCGUAUAAGCUGGAGAACAAGGUGGUUGAGCUCACCCAAUCAUUGGGCUCGAUGAAGGAGAAGAACAAGAACUUGGCGUCGCAAGUGGAGAGUUACGAGAGCCAGAUCAAGUCUUGGAAAUCCCGCCACAACGCUCUCGAGGCUCGUACGAAGGAGCUCCAGACUGAGGCCAACCAGGCAGGUAUCGCCGUUGCUAAGCUGCAGGCUAUGGAGGACGAAAUGAAGAAGCUGCAACAAGCAUUCGACGAGUCGACAGCCAACAUCAAGCGGAUGCAAGAGGAGGAGAGGGAGUUGCGGGAGUCCCUCCGCCUGAGCAACACCGAGCUGGAGACGGCCAAGCAGACGAGCACCGAGCGAGAAAGGGACAAUAUGAGCCUGCGACAAGAGCUCGAGUCGCUCCGAGACGCACUCGACGUGGCCAAGAGAAGCGCUCCUGUUAAUGGAGAGCUCACCAACGGCGCCGCGGCUCCUUCGGUUGCCAGUGGACUUAUCAACUUGGUCUCCUCCAAAAAGCCCAAGAGGAGGAGUGCCGGUGCCGAGCCGCGAGACAUGGACCGCUUCAGCGGCGCGUAUAACCCUCGCCCGGUCUCCAUGGCGGUCACGAACACGGCGCAUCGCCAGAAUCUUUCGGGCACGACGUACAUCCCCGGCGUGGACAACAUUGAGAUGGAGCUCGAGACGUUGUUGGCCGACGAGGAUGGGCUCAAUGAGGAGGUCACCAUGGGUCUGAUUCGGAACCUCAAGAUCCCGUCACCGAAUACGACUCCGCCGCCCUCGGACAAGGAGGUUCUGUUCCCAUCGUACCUGAUCAACCUUGUCACAUCGGAGAUGUGGAACAACGGCUUCGUCAAGGAGUCUGAGCGCUUCUUGGCGAACGUGAUGCAGUCUAUUCAGCAGGAGGUCAUGCAGCAUGACGGCGACGAGGCCAUCAACCCUGGAGCGUUCUGGCUGUCCAACGUCCACGAAAUGCUGUCAUUCGUCUUCCUAGCCGAGGACUGGUAUGAGACCCAAAAGACUGACAAUUACGAGUAUGAUCGCCUACUCGAGAUCGUCAAGCACGAUCUCGAGAGCCUCGAGUUCAACAUUUAUCACACAUGGAUGAAGGUGCUCAAGAAGAAGCUGCAGAAGAUGAUUAUACCGGCAAUCAUUGAAUCGCAGUCGCUUCCUGGCUUCAUCACAAACGAGAGCAACCGAUUCCUGGGCAAGCUCCUUCAGUCCAACUCGACGCCCGCUUACAGCAUGGACAAUUUGCUUAGCCUCCUGAAUAGCGUGUUCCGUGCCAUGAAAGCCUUCUACCUGGAGGACUCCAUUAUCAUGCAGACUGUCACGGAGCUGUUGCGCCUUGUUGGCGUCACGGCUUUCAAUGACUUGCUGAUGCGUCGCAAUUUCUUGUCCUGGAAGCGUGGUCUGCAAAUCAACUACAACAUCACCCGCAUCGAGGAGUGGUGUAAGAGCCACGACAUGCCCGAGGGCACGUUACAGCUGGAACAUCUGAUGCAGGCAACUAAGCUGCUGCAGCUCAAGAAGGCGACGCUCAACGACAUUGAGAUUAUCCAAGACAUCUGCUGGAUGCUCUCGCCGAAUCAGAUACAGAAGCUGCUAAACCAGUACCUGGUGGCGGACUACGAGCAGCCGAUUAACGGGGAGAUUAUGAAGGCCGUCGCGUCGCGGGUGACGGAAAAGAGUGACGUCUUGCUGCUCCAAGCUGUGGACAUGGACGACAGCGGCCCUUACGAGAUUGCUGAGCCCCGCUCGAUCACAGCGCUCGAAACAUACACCCCAUCUUGGCUGCAAACACCACGUCUCAAACGAUUGGCGGAGAUAGUAUCUGCACAAGCCAUUGCGCAGCAGGAGAAACUCGAGUACGCAGAUGGCGACGGCUUUGACGGACAGGAUACGUUGGCUGAGGUGGACGAAGCCGCCGAGGAGGCUGAUGAGGCUAGGUAACGAGGAGGAGUCAAAACGCCGUCUAGGGCUCUCGAUACGGUUUGCCCGAUAAUAAUGUCAACGCGACAUGUACGCAUGGGAUAUAAGCUACAUUUACUGGGGCUUUAGCGGCUCGGGUGUCCGGUUUUCUGUUCCCAUGCAAGCGUUUUAUAGCGCGUGGGGGUCGAGGACGGGUGGCUGCGUUCGCGAUUCUCACAUCCUUCGGGCUCUCUUGCUCCCCCGGUCCCUUCCUCCCUGUAUCUUUAGUUCUCUCUCUUCUCUCUCUUCUCUCGACGAAAGUGCGUGUACCGUGGCUAUCAUACACGUGCUGCACGUACUACGCGAGAAUCGCCACCAUGAAGAGGCCAUGGGCGGAGUGGAUAGAAGCAGAUCAUAUGUUGGGGAACAACGGCGCUGCAGCCGACGCUGCUCGUCAUGUCAUGUACGGAUAUGUGUACUGCGCAAAAGUGGAGGAAUCUUGUUUGCUGCUGUCUUCGUCUUACUGCCUCCUCUGUCCUGCUAUAUUCAGGGGUGAUGACGGGCAUUUGUUUAUAUAGAUAACGUAUACAAGACCGCGGUGUUUUCUUGAAG